AUGAAUAGCUCUACGGUGAACUUUACCACACCUGAAGCAUCCACGAACUCCACAAUUGAAUCCGCUCGGAAAAUUAACACUACAGAAAUGUUUGUGUACAGCAUCAGUAUCUUGUUUGGUCUUCCUGUACACUCUUAUAUUAUGUGGCUCAUAGUCACAGGAAAAAGAACUGGAAAUGCAUCAGAGUUCUUCAACCUAAAUAUAUCUAUGUGUGACAUUGGUAACUCUCUUAGUUGUUUGUUUGCUAUUCUGGGAAACUGGUUUUCAAGUCUUAGGACAUUCUCAUUUUUUUUAUUAGGACUACUAAUCACUGGCCGUCCUCUGUUUCAGUGUCUGAUCUGUGUUGAGCGUUACCUGGCAGUGGUUCAUCCUGUAACCUUUCUAAAGUUGAAACCUCUCAGAUACAGAGUGAUCUGUUCCACUGCUGCCUGGAUCCUUACUUUUAGCUCCUGUUUGUGCUGCAUGAUCACAUUAAUGUUAUCUAAAUUUGCAUAUUCAUAUUUCUUCUCACUGCAGUUCCUACUCUUCCUCUCCAUUCAGUUGUUUUGCCUUUCAGCUGUUCUCAGAGCUCUGAAGCAGUCAGGACCAGGAGAGAGAGGGAGAGAGAGAGAGGAGGAAAAUAAUCUGAAGAAAAGAGCAUUUUAUCUCAUUCUAAUUACAAAUGUGAAUAUGGUUAUCACAUAUGUGCCAUAUAUUAUCACAGGAUUCUUUACCAUUCUAAAUAUUCAAAUUGGGAAUAUUCGAGCACUUUGGGAUUUUUGUUUUCUUUGUUUUAUGCUGACUGGUUUUUUACACCCUGUUCUUUAUCUGCAUCGAUUUGGCAAACUCUCCUGUCUCUGCUCUCCAUAA